GUCUUUGGGCUGAGCUGGUGUCUGGUGCGAUGGAUUGGCAUCCACCCCUGAGGAUGAAGGCGACGCUGCUGAUUGUGUUCCUACUCAAAUCUACCAACAUCAUCAGGCUACAUGGAAGUCCAUUAGCAGGAGCGGACUACAAUCUUCACUGCGUCAAUGAUUACCUAACCACCAUCUACUGCUCCCUGAACAUCACUCCAUCAGAAAACACCUCAAACAGCAACAGCUCCUACUGGCUCAUUUUUACAGACAUCGAAACGUACAAGUGCAUGCUGACACAUACCAAAGAGAACUAUUUCUGCACAUUUACAACAUCGCUCGAUUAUGGCGAUACGUUUACAGAUUUAGAUGUAUACAAAAUCUCACUUUGCCACGACCCAAAUGAGGAGUCUGAAACCUGUGACGUGCUAGAUGAGCAGUACCAACCUGUGCACAACAUUAAACCAAACGCGCCGUGCUGCCUCUCAGUCAGCCACAACUCAAGCCACCACCACUUUGGUUGGAAAAGCACCUACGAGACUUACACCAGCUUCACUGAUCUGCCCAACAACCUGGAGUAUCAGCUCCAUUACUACAAGAGGGGAGAACACAAGGUAAAAAUUCGUGAAAUUAGCACACAAAGUACGGGUAUUUCUUUGGAAGAUCAGAACUUUGAACCAGACACCGAGUAUAGUGCUAGAGUACGGUCCAUUCCCAAUAAGGCUACGUACCAAGGCGAGUGGAGUCACUGGUCUGAUGACGCUCACUGGAGGACUAACCCUGCCGUGGAUGGUUUGUCAACGCGCAUGUUCAUUUCUGAAAUGUGUAAGAAGGUGCUCAUUCCCAUCUGUGGGCUGGUGGUAUUCGUCAUACUGAUCUGCUACGCUCCUGUUAAAAAGUGGAAGCAAAAUGUGUUUAUCCCAACUCCGGCUCCCUAUUUCCACACCCUGUACAGUGACUGCCAGGGAGAUUUCAAGAGCUGGGUGGUUACGCAAGAAAACACAGCAGACACGCUAGAAAAAGAGGAAACGCUUCAGAUCGACACCUUGACAAAGUGUGCAGAAGUCCAGGAGGAUGACUGUCGUCCACCCCACUUUGACCAGCACGUGAUGGAGGGCAGCUCCUACAGCAACAUAACUCCUUCGGUCUGUGAUACCACUCUCCUGGGCGUCCCGUACGCUGUGAGCACCAUGAUUCCACUCUCAGCUCAGGGGAGCCCAAUGAACAGCCUGGUUCUAGACUCCCAAUUAGGGAGUCCUUCUGGAGACUCGGGCUGCUGGCUCUGCAGUGACACGUCCCUAGAAAGGGACCCUCCCUGGUACUGCAAUGAGUACUGCACCCUGAGUGCCUUCCAGCAGUCCAGUUCUGUCCUGGCAGAGCACCAUGGGAGCUUGUAAAAACAAGUCUUGCCCAACAGGGAUCAACUCAGAAAGCUUGAAAGUUGUCAUGAAAAGGAACAUUUUUCCACUGGACGGAGUAGUCCACGUUAUGAUUCAGUAGCUAAUAGAACCUGUAGCAGAAAUAACUCAUUUUAUCACUCCUUCUCGUUGUGGGGUAAUUUUGACAUGCUCUUCUUUAUAAUGUUAAUUCAGUUUAUUGUUAAUUCUGCGCAUUAAGCUAUAAAUAGUCCUCUAGAGGUUCCACCACAGGAUUUCAAUCAGGCUGUGGUCUAAACUUCUGGGCCAUUGCAGCACCUUGAAUUUGUUUUUCUGUUUUUUUCCCUUUUUUUUUUUUAACAGAUUUUAUGUAGCAUUUAGUUACAUGUUGUCCAUGUACUACUUCACUUAUGUUUUUAUAUUUUAUGCACAGUCCAAACCUGUCUGGAAACAGGGUGAAAGUCUCAUUUUGUGACUCAUCCGUUUUGUUUCUCCAUUACUGAAAUGCAAGAUGAACUUGUGUGUAUAUUCUGCUCUUAAUAAAGGAAAUACAUUUUGUA